AUGUCCAGUGUCUGUCUGCUAAAGACUAAAACCCCCGUUAUUUUCGAGCCAAAUGGGACUUACGGGAUUAUUGUCUUCGGGUCAGAGGGCACUCAGUCUGGAGUAUUGAGAACGUGUGCAGUGGUGUCACUGCGCACCACGGAGGAUUCAGUCCAUUAUGCACAAUUUGAAACCGUGGGGGAAAUCAAAUCUAUCGCCAGCUUUCUACAAUGGCCAGACAGAGGGUAUCUGGUACCAGUUGCCUGGGAUGACCGACAAGACCGUGAAUGGAUUGUUGGUUAA